AUGGAGGAGCAGAUUGAGUUCAUUGAAUAUAUCUAUCAUGCCCCUUCAAUUCGAGCGCUCACGGCCCUACUUGCGGCAUCCCACUCUACCCUAGUUGCUGCGAAGCCCAUCACAUCUCGUGAAACCUUGAAGCCCAAGGUCGAGAUCAUCUACGCCAAUUUAACAGGGCGCAUUCCCUUCGCCUCGGGCGCCCUCGCCGAUACAGUCUUCAACCUCAUCGGCCGAGCCCGCAGCGAGGACUGCCUCCUCAUCAACGUCCAGACCCCCGUUGGCACCACUAAGGGCGACAAUGAGACGGAUGUGAUCCGCGGUGAGCUGCUCAACUACAACGUCGGUGGCCUCGUCCGGACCUCUGUUGACCUGGGCCAGCCCAUCAUCGGCGUCUCGGCAAACUACCGCCUCAAUGCCAUUGGCUUCUCUGCUUCGCGGGAGAUGAAGGAGGGUUGGGGCUUCUCAACUUCGGCCUCGAGGACUAGCGGUGGCCCGGUCAUGGUUGAGAGUGCUGAGAGGGCUCAGCCUUUCUUUGAUCACAUGGUCGAGAGGACGGGAUGUGCAGAUGCAUCGGACAAGAUUGCUUGUCUGAAGGUUACCGACUUUGACGAUAUCAUGGCCUCCGUCAACGAAGAGGGAAUGCCCGGCAAGAUGGCCUCGGUGCCACUGAUCACUGGCGACAUGCGCGACGAGGGCACGCUCUUCUCUCUCCUCGCUCAGCUCGAGACUCUCUCGGAUGAGGACUUUGCCGACUACUUCCAGACAAUCUGGUGGCCCAAGGCUUCUGACGCCGACAUUGCCGGCCUCAUGAAGCUCUACCCCGCAGACAUCACCAAAGGCUCCCCCUUCGGCACAGGCAUCCUCAAUGCCGUCACGCCUAAGUUCAAGCGCCUGGCCGCCGUGGUAGGCGACUUCAGCUUCCAGGCGCAGCGACGCAACCUUCUAGCACAUUACAACGUCUCGGAGCAGACUGUUUGGAACUACGUCACCGACGUGAGCAUCCCGUCGGCAGGCCUGCUGCCAGACUUCGACGUGUUGACGCACCUGCCUGUGCUGGGAUCAUUCCAUGCCUUUGACGUGCGGUUCUACAUGUUUGCCGGUCUGCCGUAUGCGUUGAGCAAGAAUACUCUGGACUUUGCCGAGUGGCCGAGAUACUCUGAAGAGGGCUUGGAGACGUAUAACUUCAAGGAAAGCGGGCCUGAGGUGACCAGGGACGACUGGCGUGUUGAGGCUAUGCAGUACAUCAACGACCACCCUGACUCUUUCUUGCUUUAG